AGCCCGAGGGCAAGCGGAGAAGCAGGGAGCCGGGGCCCUGGUGGCUCCGGGAGGAGGCUGCCGCCGAAAGAUGCCUGUCCGCAGGGGCCACGUCGCGCCCCAAAACACGUACCUGGACACCAUCAUCCGCAAGUUCGAAGGCCAGAGUCGGAAGUUCCUGAUUGCCAAUGCGCAGAUGGAGAACUGCGCCAUCAUUUACUGCAACGACGGCUUCUGUGAACUCUUCGGCUACUCCCGAGUGGAGGUGAUGCAGCGACCCUGCACCUGCGACUUCCUCACAGGCCCCAAUACCCCACGCAGUGCCAUGUCCCGCCUAGCGCAGGCCCUGCUGGGGACAGAGGAGUGCAAGGUGGACAUCCUCUACUACCGCAAGGAUGCCUCCAGCUUCCGCUGCCUAGUGGACGUGGUGCCUGUGAAGAAUGAAGAUGGGGCUGUUAUCAUGUUCAUCCUCAACUUUGAAGACCUGGCCCAGCUCCUGGCCAAGAGUGAGCGCCGCAGCCUGUCCCAGUGCCUGCUGUCCCAGAGAUUCCUGGGCUCUGAGGGCUCUCAUGGCAGGUCGAGUGCACAGAGGCCUGGCACAGGCAGGGUCAAGUACAGGACCAUUGGCCAGAUUCCACAGUUCACACUCAACUUCGUGGAGUUCAACCUGGAGAAACAUCGCUCCGGCUCAACCACAGAGAUAGAGAUCAUUGCACCACACAAGGUAGUGGAGCGGACCCAGAAUGUCACCGAGAAGGUCACCCAGGUUCUGUCCCUGGGCGCCGAUGUGCUGCCGGAGUACAAGCUGCAGGCACCACGCAUCCACCGGGGGACCCUCCUGCACUAUAGCCCCUUCAAGGCCGUGUGGGACUGGCUCAUCCUGCUGCUGGUCAUCUACACGGCCAUCUUCACACCCUACUCGGCUGCCUUCCUACUCAGUGACCAGGACGAGUCUCAACGCGUGGACUGCGGCUACACCUGUAGUCCACUCACCGUGGUGGACCUCAUCGUGGACAUCAUGUUCGUUGUGGACAUUGUCAUCAACUUCCGCACCACCUAUGUCAACACCAAUGAUGAGGUGGUCAGCCACCCUCGCCGCAUUGCCGUCCACUACUUCAAGGGCUGGUUCCUCAUUGACAUGGUGGCCGCCAUCCCCUUUGACCUGCUCAUCUUCCGCACUGGCUCUGAUGAGACCACAACCCUGAUUGGGCUGCUGAAAACGGCAAGGCUGCUGAGGCUGGUGCGUGUGGCAAGGAAGCUGGACCGCUACUCUGAGUACGGGGCGGCUGUACUUUUCCUGCUCAUGUGCACCUUUGCACUCAUUGCACACUGGCUGGCCUGCAUCUGGUAUGCCAUCGGCAAUGUGGAGCGGCCCUACCUGGAGCCCAAGAUCGGCUGGCUGGACAGCCUGGGCGCACAGCUUGGCAAGCGCUACAAUGGCAGCGACCCAGCCUCUGGCCCCUCGGUGCAGGACAAGUAUGUCACGGCCCUCUACUUCACCUUCAGCAGCCUUACCAGUGUGGGUUUCGGCAACGUCUCCCCCAACACCAACUCUGAGAAGGUCUUCUCUAUCUGUGUCAUGCUCAUCGGCUCCCUCAUGUACGCCAGCAUCUUUGGCAACGUGUCCGCCAUCAUCCAGCGCCUGUACUCCGGCACUGCCCGCUACCACACGCAGAUGCUGCGUGUCAAGGAGUUCAUCCGCUUCCAUCAGAUUCCAAACCCCCUGCGGCAGCGCCUGGAAGAGUACUUCCAGCAUGCCUGGUCCUACACCAACGGCAUUGACAUGAACGCGGUGCUGAAGGGCUUCCCCGAGUGCCUGCAGGCCGACAUCUGCCUGCACCUGCACCGCGCGCUGCUGCAGCACUGCCCUGCCUUCCGCGGAGCCAGCAAGGGCUGCCUGCGCGCCCUGGCCGUCAAGUUCAAGACGACGCAUGCACCGCCCGGGGACACGCUGGUGCACCUCGGCGACGUGCUCUCCACGCUCUACUUCAUCUCCCGUGGCUCCAUCGAGAUCUUGCGCGACGACGUGGUCGUGGCCAUCCUAGGAAAGAAUGACAUUUUUGGGGAGCCCAUUAGCCUUCAUGCCCAGCCGGGCAAGUCCAGCGCAGAUGUGCGGGCCCUGACCUACUGUGACCUGCACAAGAUCCAGCGAGCAGACCUGCUGGAGGUGCUGGAUAUGUACCCUGCGUUUGCAGACAGCUUCUGGAGUAAGCUGGAAGUCACCUUCAACCUGCGGGACGCAGGCGGGGGUUUCCAGUCAUCACCCCGGCCAGCUCCAGGCAACCAAGACCACCAAGCCUUCUUCCUCAGUGACAACCAGUCAGCUGCAGCCCCUUCCCUGAGCAUCUCAGAUACAUCUGGCCUCUGGCCUGAGUUGCUGCAGCAAGUGCCCCCAAGGCCAAGGCACAGCCCCCCAAACCCUCAGGGAGACCCAGACUGCUGGCCUCGGGAGCUAGGCUCCAGGCUAGAGCAGCUCCAGGCCCAGAUGAAUAGGUUGGAGUCCCGCAUUUCCUCAGACCUCAGCCGCAUCCUACAGCUCCUUCAGCAGCCCCCGCCCCCGGGUCACACUGGCUAUAUCCUGGGAGCCCCUACCUCCGAUGACCUGACCUUGUUUCCUACAGCCUCAGCCACUCAGAGUCCAGGAACAAGGCUGCCCCAGGGCGGUCUGACUCCUGCCCAGGUCCCAAGCUGUGGUGACUUGGACAAGUUUAGGCUGAAGCAAAGGAACUCCUCCUCCAGGGUGCCUACCCUGGUCACGGCCACAGACAAAAUUCUCACACUAUCCUCAGAACGGGAGCAGCCUGAAGGGAUCCUGUCACCCCGAGCCUCACCUCUUCAUCCCCUUGAGGUCCAGGGACUCAUCUGUGCUUCCCGCUUUCCCUCCCUUCCUGAACACCUGGGCCCCGUCCCCAAGCAGCUGGAGUUCCAGAGACAUAGCUCAGAUCCUGGAUUGACAGGGAGUUAGAACUAUUGAAACCCCAAGAGAAAAGAUACCAUGAGGGGACUGAAGGUGGGUGAGAGUUAAGGAUUUGGGGGAGGCAGACAGCUGCCAAAUUGGCCUCUGAAAAGCAUUCCCCUACCCUAGCUACAAACUGCCAACCCAAGUGACCCACAAUGGCAUGAGUGAAGAGGCUUGGGACUUUCCUAGACUCCUCUAGGGCUCUGUUUAGACAGUAGGCCUGGUGGAGGGUGGGUGAGACUUGGGGGUUGAGGUAGCUUACAGGCCAGAGGACUCUGCAAAGAAAGAAGUUUCCGAUCUGUGUGAGAACCUUGCUCUCGGCUGGGUGCUAUCACCAUGUGGCUCAGAACUAGCCACCUCUUCAUGGCCCAGCACCCAAGGUUAGUGAGAUCUCCUGUCAAGAGACUUUGAACUGGCUGGGGAUGAAAAUGUCCUCUGUGGUGAACACAUCAGGGCACAGAGCUCCAGCCCCCAGCCACUCUGCCCCUCAUGGUUCUAUAAUAACCUUUGGGACUCUACCAAGCAGUGGAAUAUCUCACAGCUAAUAAAGUCUGCACAUUUCA